AUGAAAGGCGUCAUCACAUGACAUGCAAAAUGGCUGCCGUUGAGUGGAAGUGGAGAUGGACUUUUCUGUUUUUGUGCAUUCUUUACUUUAUGAUGUCGAUACCUCAAUCGUCACAGGCACAGAAUAGAACAUUUGAGAUUGACUACCUGGGGAACACUUUUGUUAAAGAUGGGAAGAGUUUUCGAUAUAUAUCGGGGAGUAUUCAUUACAUGAGAGUCCCUAAAGAAUACUGGAGAGACCGACUGAUGAAGAUGUAUGCAGCAGGACUGGAUGCCAUUCAGUUUUACAUUCCAUGGAACUUCCAUGAACCAGAAAAAGGACAGUAUGACUUCGAUGGACAGAAGGAUUUUGUGCAGUUUAUAAAGAUAGCACAGGAAGUGGGAUUACUGGUUCUCCUUAGAGCUGGGCCCUACAUCUGUGGAGAGUGGGACUUUGGAGGAUUCCCAGCCUGGCUCCUGAAGGAGGACCCAAAGAUGGUGUUCAGAAAAAUGGAACCAACUUAUAUCAAAUAUGUGGACAUCUGGAUGGACAAGCUACUACCCAUGCUCACUCCUCUUCUGUAUGAAAAUGGGGGACCGGUGCUGAUGGUUCAGAUUGAGAACGAGUAUGGUAGUUACUAUGCUUGUGACCAUGACUAUAUGGCCCACCUGUUUAUCAAGGCCAGGCAGAUUCUGGGGCCCAGGGCCAUAAUUUAUACCACAGAUGGGGAUCUACAGUCCAACUUUGAAUGUGGCCCUACCCCUGGGGCUUAUGCCACAACAGAUUUUGGUGUCACUCUUUUCUUCAAUCCUCAGAAGGCUUUCCAGCCACAGAGAGACUAUGAACCAUUUGGACCUUUAGUAAAUUCUGAAUUUUACCCUGGAUGGCUGGAUCACUGGGGGUACCCCCACUCUACGGUCAAUCUGGAUGUCUUCUCCAAAGCUCUAGACAUGCUGUUGGAUUACGGCGCCAAUGUCAAUAUGUACAUGUUUGAAGGAGGAACAAACUUUGGCUUUUGGAAUGGUGCUGAUUAUGAUGCAAGUUCUAAUGUACAGAAUCCAAUUAGUUCAGGAGCAAAUUACGCCCCCUUCCAAGCUGUGCCGACUAGCUAUGAUUACGAUGCCCCAAUGUCAGAGGCAGGGGACAUAACUGAUAAAUACAUUGCCAUUAGACAGGUUAUUUCCAAGUAUAAGCAACUUCCAAAUAUGCCCAUUCCACAAAACACUACAAAAACAGCGUAUGGAAAAGUUGAGAUGAACUUUAUGGCUACCAUUCAGGAUGCUCUGGAGACUCUCUGUCCAAAAGGACCAAUCAAAUCAGAGUAUCCACUGACAAUGGAGGCAAUAAGUCAGUAUCAAGGCUUUGUGUUAUACAGACACACUCUGUUGGGGGACACUCCUUCUGAACCUAAAACUCUUGAUCUUUCUGGUGUGCGGGACCGGGCCUAUCUCAUGAUAAAUCAGGUUCCUCAAGGUGUCUUUGAUCGUAAUGGACAGAAGACAAUGAAUAUAACUCUGAAGGUGAAUCAAACGAUCGAUAUUCUGGUUGAGAACAUGGGCCACAUUGGAUUUGGAUCGGAGAUGAAUAAUAAUUCCAAGGGUCUGAUUAAGAAUGUAACAUUUGGUGGCUCCUUGUUAACUGGAUGGCUUAUUUAUCCAUUGACCAUUGAGAACUUCAAACCAGCAAGUCUGACUGGAAUCUAUAGGGACAAACCCUUUGUGAAUGGCAACCUAACCACACCCUCCUUCUAUGUGGGUAAACUACACAUUCCGAAGACCCCUACAGAUACCUAUUUAGACAUGAGUAGCUGGGGCAAGGGUCAGCAUUUAAUUAUGUCAUUGUCCAUGUUCAAUGUUGGGCGAUACUGGCCAUAUGUUGGGCCUCAAGUCCGACUCUAUGUGCCAAAGCCAUUCCUAGCACCACCCCCUACCAUUAACUAUGUCAUCAUGUUUGAACUUGAGCAUGCUCCUUGUCAAAGUUCAGAUGAAUGUACCGUAGAAUUUGUAGAUCAGCCAUUAAUUAAUGCCACCCCCCACAAACCAAACUUUCAACGUGAGGAGACCAUGUUUUCCAGGAAAAAAAUAUCUGUGUGACAAGGAUGCUGAAAAAAUGAUAGACGGAGGUGCAUGAAAGAGGGAUUAAUGUUUCUUUCUACUAAACAUGCAGUCAAUAUUUUUGGAGUAUAACCUCAGUUAUCUGGAGUUAAUAUGGUACAGUAUGGAAGUGUGCCGGGAUCAAGUCUCUGUUUUAUAGACUUCAUUUUUCUCAGCUUGUGACAUUAUACAUGUAUUAAUGUUUAUUUGAUUAAUGUCCCACUCUAAACCCCCCUACCUUCCCAAGACUAAUGUAAUGUAUUUGUGCAUUUCAAAUCCUCUGAUAUACAAGAGAUCAUGCAAUCAUGGUAACUUGGCUUGAAUGGAAUGUAUCUGUGAUAUUGAAAUCAGGUAGAAUGAGAUUCAUCAAGUUGAGUUUUUAAUGUUCUGUGUGCAAUGUUCCUGAUUUUGUAUUGUUCACCACCUAGAAAAAGACUGUGUUCUGAGACGGGGCAUCUCAAUUAAUUAAUAGUUGCUACUUCAAGUACUUGGACAGGUCUUCUAAUAUUGACCUACUUUUAUUGACCUACAAAGUAGGUCAAGUGUGAUAGUUGUUGAGACUUUAUUAUUAAUGUAAAUAGGUGGUUGCAUUGUAAAACACCACUUUUAUGGUGUUUCAAAAGAAUAUAUGGGGAUAUAACUGUAUUUUGAAGCAUUUCCAAGGAAGAUUUUUUUGUUUUUCUUGCACUCUUUUUUUAUAUCAGUACAUUCCAUAUAUAUUUAAUAAAUACUUAUAAAUGUAUCUCAAUGUCUCAUUUCAAUAAAUAAAUUGCUUAAGUACAUAA